UGGAUUACUUCUUGAUGGUAGAUUCAGUUAUCAACAGAUAUUCGAAAACCAGAACUUAUAGAGCCCACCAAAACGUGUUUGAUUGAUGAGAGUACCCAAAAAAACGUUGCUUAAUUUUUUUUUAUGACAUAUAAAUAGAAAAGAAAAAUUUCUCCACGUUAAAUUUUUUUUAUUAGAGUUUUAUCGUUUAAAAGGCUGUAAAAUCAGUUUAGUUCAGAGACAGAGGAAAUGUCCUUCCAGGAUGUGUUGAAAAGAGGGGAUGAAUUCCUUUCAGAAUACCCUAGAAGAGCUGGCUUUUGGAAUUAUGCUUCCCAUGCAACAUGUUUGAUGAUGAUCUUGCAGUCAAAACUACUUCUUAAUGUGCUAUACAAACCUAGAUUACAUGAUGUCCAUAAAUUAGAUGAUGCCUUCGCAAAGGCAAGGUCAGAGAAAAGAGCAUUGUUAACUGUCAUGAAUCAUAUGUCUGUGGUAGAUGAUCCUACUUUCUUUGCAGCAUUACCAAUGAGAUAUCAUUUACAUGUCGAUGAUAUAAGAUGGGGAUUUGGAGCUCAUAAUGUUUGCUUUUCAAAUUUAACUCAAUCUUGGUUUUUUAACUUGGGUAAGAUUUUAGGAACUAAAAGAUUUGGUGAAGGUCCAUUUCAAGGUUCCUUAGAUGCCGCAAUUAGAAUUUUAAGUCCAGAUGAUACUUUAGAUUUAGAAUUUUGUCCUGGAGUUAAAGAUAUUGAAAAACCAAACUUAUUACAAGAAGUUAAUCAAAUAACUCCUCAACCAAAAGAUACUACCAACUUAGUCAAAUUCAUCAAACCAUCCCCAGAAUCAACUAAUGUUUUAAUGUCAAAAUCUCCAUUCAUACGAACAAGAACUUCUUGGUUCCAUGUUUUCCCUGAAGGGUUUGUAUUACAACUUAAAGAACCACAUAACAACUCAAUGAGAUAUUUCAAAUGGGGUGUAUGUCGUUUGAUACUAGAAAGUACAAGAGCUCCAGUAGUUGUUCCUGUUUUUGCUUCUGGAUUUGAAAAAAUUGCUCCUGAGACAGCUGAAGAAAUUGGAUUCAGAAGAUGGUUACCAGGUAAUUUAGGUGCUGAGAUUCAUAUCAGUUUUGGAGAUGCAUUCCCUGAUGCCACCAUAGAAAAAUAUAGACAAAAAUGGAGAGAUUUAGUUAAGAAAUACAUUGAUCCCAAGAAUCCAACUGAUCUUACCCAAGAAUUAAAAGAAGGAAAGAAAGCUCAACAAUUAAGAUCUGAGUUAGCAGCUGAAUUAAGAGAAUCAGUAUUAGAUUUAAGAAAUUCACAAGGUAUGUUUAAACCAGAAGAUCCUCGUUUCAAAGAUCCAGUAUUUUGGAGAGAAUAUACCUCUACUGAAGGUAUGAGUGAUCCUGACGUUAGCUUUGUUGGAUUAAACUGGGCUGUCAAAAAGUUACAAAAGCAUUUGCCUGAAUAUACAGAAAAGUAGAUCAAGACAACACGGGUUUAUAAAAAGAAAUAUAUAGUAAAUACAACAUGUAUAUAGAGGGCAAAUAAAAUAGUAAUUGCUAACAUAAUAUAAUUUAAUUUAAUAUAA